UAUUACUGGAUCUGCCCAUUCAUAUUUUUAAUCCCUCCCAUGUUACUUUAAUAUUACCAUUCACAAAUUUGUCCUCAACUUUAUUUUAUUUUAGAGCACAUUGAGUUGCAGAUGCUUAUACUGAGUAUGUGUAGCUGCAUGAUCCAUGGAUGGAGGGGGCGGAGUCGUCCGAAUCCAGCCCUUCAGACGGGUCCAGUAUCUCCCAAUGGCGGUUUUAGGGGAGGGCCAGCAGGGGCCAGUGCCCCCGUAACUCGGAGUCCGGCCCCCCCUGUGGCCCCCCUGCUGAAGAGUCGGAGGGGCAACGUGGAACGCGGAACUAAAUCGUCUCAACCAGUUGCUGGUCGGACCACUUAAAGCAGCGCACCCACCUAAAACAUCAGAAGAGAAUUGUGUGGCUGUAUUUAAGACAAGUCUUAACCUGCACAGCAACACACAGCAGCAUUGAAGGGCCCAUGGGGCUAGUGGUCCUGCGUCGGCAUCCUCGGCCAAGCCCUCGACCUCCUCCUCCCGACGGACCUCCUCCUCCCGGCGGAUGACUGUAAAGGAGGCUGCUCCCAGAGCGAGACGCUCCGGUGUGUUUCCCCGCACUGAGGAAACCCGCGAGCCCACAGCCACAGUUGUGCCCAGGUCACAAUCACCGCCGACACCCACUACACAGCAGCGGUGCCCAUCUCCUUCUCCUCGCCCCUUGUUCCCACCAACCACAGCUAAAGUGGGUGACUCCAUAAUAAGAAAUGUCUGUUUUUUCAACGCCACCACCUACUGUUUCCCAGGAGCCACUGUCUCAAAAAUCAUAGAUAAACUCCCUGGUUUACUACAAUCCUUUCCAGACUCCAUUAAGCGCAUCAUUUUGCACAUUGGCACGAACGAUGUGGUCCGAUGUCAGUCCGAGCUGCUGAAGGUUGACUUUAAAAAUCUGUUCACCACCCUGAAGGACUGUGGGAAGUCAAUCUUCGUUAGCGGACCGCUUCCUACUCUUGGCCUUGGUGAUCAUCGCUACAGCAGACUCCUCUCCCUUCAUUUUUGGCUCCGGUCUGCUUGCAGCAGCCUUGGUUUUGAUUUUAUAGACAAUUUUAACCUUUUUUGGAAUCGCUCCCCUUUUUAUCGGCAUGACGGACUACACCGGAGUAAACUUGGUAGCCGCAUGCUUACUGCAAACAUACAGCACACCGUACACGUACUGGCACACACGUGUUGACUAUUUACGUACCACGCCCCCUCGGUAGUGCUCCCCUCUUCUUCUACGGUUCCCCCUGAGAUUCAUGUGAGCACGGCCUUUUUCAACCACUCCCCCCACAGGCUCCAGCUGCCAUUACACAACACUGCCUCUGACAGUGCGGCUCCUGCUACUGCUGAUACUGUCAUGACCUCUAGCUCCUCCCCCUGGCCACAUCAGUCAUUACAUACACAACCUGUAAUUUUUCACAUAAAGACCAUCACCACAUACAGGCGCCCCCGUCCACCCUGCACAAGACAUAUUGAUCUGAUCAACCUCCAUCCACUUCCCCAGUCAUCACAGCCACUCAUGAAGCAACAAUACCUCAAAGUGGCCUUAUUCAACACCCGCUCCCUCACCAACAAGAGUCUCCUUCUAAAUGAAUUCAUAGUGGACAAUAACCUGGACCUUCUCUGUCUCACUGAAACCUGGCAAACACCUCUGGACUAUUUCACAUUACACCAAGUCACCCCCACAGGAUACACAUACAUGGACAAACCCCGCACAGAGGGCCGGGGAGGAGGCAUUGCUGCCAUCCACAGAAAAAACAUCAAAACAUCCCCCAUCUCCAUUCCUCCAACCCCCUCAUUUGAACACCUCACCUACAAACUGUCUGGUCCAUCCCCUCUGGUCACAGCCAUCAUUUACCACCCCCAAAACCACAUCCCUCCUUCCUUCCCGAUUCUGCUGACUUUUUGACCCAGUUAUCCGCCAUCUCACCAUCUGUUCUUCUCCUGGGUGAUUUCAAUCUACAUAUUGACAGUACUGACAAUAAACCGGCCACAGAAUUUUUAGAACUGCUGCAAUGCUUCAAUUUCACUCAACACAUAACCUUCCCAAAACACAGCCGUGGUCACAUUCUGGACUUGGUUUGCUCCACUAAUCUAAACAUUCAACAGCUAUCCAGUCACAAUCUGCACAUCUCCGACCACCUGGUAAUCACAAUGAACAUUGAAAUCCCUACCCCCUCCCCUAUUCAGAGCCGGACAAUAACCUUCAGAAACCUUAACUCCCUCACACCUGCAGCUCUCUCAGCCUCUCUCACCUACUGUCUGUCUGCCUCACCUCCCCCGCCCUCUAAUGACCCUGCUGACCUGGUAAACUAUUACAACAGCACACUCUCCUCCUGCUUGGAUCAGCUCACCCCCACCAAAACAAAAACUGUCUCAUUCACUCACUCUGCCCCCUGGUACACCCCCGCACUCCGCCAAAUGAAAUCCCAGAAACGACAACUGGAAAGACUCUGCAAGAAAACUGGAUUAUCUGUUCACCUUCUUGCUUACACAGACCAUCUACAACAAUACAAAGAUGCACUCAACGCAGCCUGGACCACCUACUACUCCCACCUCAUCCACUCAGGCUCCAACAACCCCAAGGCUCUGUUUUCCACCAUAAACUCACUCCUUAAACUCCUGGACAACACUCCCUCAUCAUUCACAACUGAAAAAUGCCAAUCAUUCCUCUCAUACUUCCAAACAAAAACAGACACCAUUUACAGUAACUUCAACACCCCUGGAACCCCCCCCAUCUCCCCACCUGCCUCACCACCUGCCACCAUCCAGCCCCUGUCACAGUUAUCUCCAAUGUCUCCAGCCCAGCUAACAACCCUCAUGACCGGGAUAAAAACCUCCACCUGCACCCUGGACCCCAUACCGUCCAAACUCAUUAAGGACUGCCUCUCUGCCAUCUCCCCGCUCAUCACCGACAUCAUUAACACCUCCCUCAAUUCUGGUUCUGUUCCCCAAACCCUCAAACUGGCUGCCAUCACACCCAUCCUCAAAAAACCUGGUCUCAACACUGACAAUCCAGAUAACUUCCGCCCUAUUUCCAAUCUCCCCUUCCUAUCUAAAAUCCUGGAACGUACUGUAGCCUCCCAACUCAGGACCCACCUCACCUCCAAUAAUCUCUUUGAAUGCUUCCAAUCUGGUUUCCGAUCAAAACACAGCACCGAGACAGCCCUCCUCAAAAUUACAAACGACCUCCUCCUCUCCUCAGACUCCGGACACCUCAACAUCCUCAUCCUCCUCGACCUCACAGCAGCCUUUGAAACCAUCAACCACUCCAUCCUGCUCUCCCGACUGAAAUCUUCAGCUCACAUCACUGGCACAGCACUCACCUGGAUCCGCUCCUACCUCACCAACUGACACCAGUUCAUCAGCACUAACAACUGCACCUCCGUCCCAAGGCGUCCCCUAGGGAUCGGUGCUUGGUCCCCUCCUCUUCAUUCUAUACAUGCUCCCCCUUGGCAAAAUCAUCCAUCUCUACGGACUACAGUUCCACUGCUACGCCGACAACAUCCAAUUGUACAUUUCCACCAAAGCCAUCACCAACACCACCCUCUCCACACUCAGUAACUGUCUCUCUGGAAUCAAAAACUGGAUGCAAAGAAACUAUCUUCAACUAAACAGUGACAAAUCAGACAUUAUCAUCAUUGGUCCCACAUCCCACACCAGAACCACCCAAAACUUCAGCCUCACCUUCAACAACAGCACUCUGUCCUCAUCCCCGCACAUCCGCACCUUGGUAUCAUUUUUGACAGCCAACUUAAGUUUGACCACCAUAUUAACUACAUCACCAGGACCGCCUUCUUUCACCUCAAAAACAUUGCCCGUCUCCACCCCUCACUCACCUACUCUGCUGCCGAAACCCUCAUCCAUGCUUUCAUAACAUCCAGACUAGAUUACUGCAACAGCAUCCUAUACGGUUCAUCAUCGAAAGUCCUCAAUAAACUCCAACACAUCCAGAACUCCGCUGCCCGCCUGCUCACCCACACCCACUCCCGAGAACACAUCACCCCUGUCCUCCAAAAACUACACUGGCUCCCCAUUUCACACCGCAUACAAUACAAAAUCCUCCUACUCACCUACAAAUCACUUAACAACCUGGCCCCCACCUACCUCACAGACCUGCUCCACCACUCCCCAAAUCCAACAGAGACUGUACAGACCCCCACACCUUCAAAUCUUUCCUAAAAACCCACCUUUUUAUAUUGGCUUUUAAUCUGUAAACUAAAUAUGUCUAAUUUUCUGUUCUAUCCUAUCCCAUCAUAUUCUAUCUUUCCCUGAUCUUUUACAUUGUUUCUGUAUUCUAAUUGUGUUAUUAUUCUAUAUUGUUUUGUAUUUUAAACUGUUAUUAUUUUUAUGUAAGCGUCUUUGAGCGCUUGUAAAAGCGUGUUAUAAAUAAAAUUUAUUAUUAUUAUUAUUAUUAUUAUUAUUAGUCUAUUACUGUCAUGGCAUCCGAAGGUACUGAUGCGUUGAGCAGGUGACAGUCCGCGGUCCUUUUCAAAACACACUUGUGUCACGCACUCCAAAAGAAACUUGUUGAAACUUUAAACAAUGAUUUAUUGUACAAAAUGGAAACAAACGUUGACAAAAACAGUUCCGUAAUUCAUAUUAAAUUCAAAAGAUAACAAAAAACAGCUACAAGUUAGAGGGAAUAGUGAUAAAGUGGUAAAACUUGGCAUUGAUCCACAGCCUCAGACGGAUGCGCUCAAGCGUCCUGUGCGCACAAGCUCAGUUGGUAGGCUACACUAUAUUUUCACAUUUUAAAAAAUGCAAUUUAAAAGUUUUGAUUUUAAUUGAUAACCUACAUUUACCAACAACAAAAGACUACAUUUAGCACCAAAAACAUAUGUUUAAAAAAAAAAAAAAAAAAAAAGUAAAUAAAAAGGAAUAUCAAAUUUUCAUAACAAAUACCUACCCACAGAAACGAAUAUUCGAAUAUCCGAAUAUUUGGGUACAGCCCUAGGUACUCCAACAUUAUGUACCGUGGUGUUUUAGUAUCGCUGUCUACUGUUGGUACCAGUAUACCGUGCAACACUAGAAGGUUCAUCAAAGCCAUUUGCCAGCAAGCAAUAGUCGUGAUUUAAACAUAUUGGCUAUAUUUAGCUCCGAUUUAGUCUAGCUACAUGUAACCCAAUCUAGCCGAUUUAAUUUUGAAGUUGAUUAAAUGUAAUUUUCACCAUUGCAGAUGACGUGCGGUAUGACAUUCAAUCACGUACGGAGAGUCAACAGUAAUUAAAAUAUGUUUAUCUCCAUUUUUUGGACAUGGUCUCUACAUAGCCAUAUAAUUGAUGACGUCUACACUUUGGCUAUGGUUAGACGUCUACCAAAUUUUCACUGACAGCCCAAAUUCAGCUGUGAUUCAGCCUAGACGUCAGGUCUUCAUGUAGACGGCUAUUAGACGUUUUCUUAAACCAAAAAAUGCUUUCUGGGACACGCGGUGUUGGUGGCGUAGUGGCUGGAGCCAGCGCCCCAUACACAGAGGCUCAGUCCUUGAUGCAGCAGUUACGGGUUCAGUUCCAGCCUGCAGCUCCUUUAUGCGUGUUGCAUCCCCUACAUAGGCAGUUUGAUUAGUUGCCCUCGGGACAUUGUUUUAGAGUGCCAGUGGGCACAACUAAAUGAUUUAGGUCCUCUUUUGUCCCAGCGGCCAUCGGUUUGCUGAAUCAAUAGUGGCUGUGUUACUCAGCCUACCAGGUGCAGCAGUGGUUCUAUUCUGCAGGCUUGUAUGACAUUGCACUGUGUUUUAUGGUAUUGUAUGGUGUACUAUGCUGUACGGUACUGUGCUGUGUUAUGUUGUUGUUUUUAAUUCUGGAUGGUGCUGUGAAAAUAAUUUCCCGAGGGGGACUAAUAAAGCUGAAAUCUGAAUCAAAUGAUGAUCAGUAUGUGUGUCAGUAAAUCACCACUUAAAACCUGUAAAAAUCUCCUGGUGAAAUGACAGUUUGACAGUCGAAAAAAAAGUCUAAAUGAAACUUUUAUACAACCUGUCACCUUGAUUCUAAUUUCUGAAACAUGAAUUAGCGUCACCGGAUUAGUUUAAAGAUAAAAAACAUAUAGAAAACAUUAUGACUAAAAUGUUUUGAGUUUUCACCAACUAAAGUCUCAAGACCUAAAAUAGCUGGUGUGUGUGUGUGUGUGUGUGUGUGUGUGUGUGUGUGUGUGUGUGUGUGUGUGUGUAUGUGUGGCUUUUCAUGUCUCUCUUGCUCCGUUUCGACACAACUGACAUGUACAAAACCCAAAACCAGUGAAGUUGGCACGUUAUGUAAAUGAUGAUUUGCAAAUCCUUUUCAACUUAUAUUCAAUU